UUUCCAGAAAAAUUCGUUUUUGUCGAUUCUCAAGUUUAUUCAACAGUUUUUAGUACGUACUGUGGCUCCUGUAUUAAAAAAAUGAUCGAUUGAAGCGUGAGUGGCAACCAUAGCUACCUAUACCCGUGCAAUGUCGCGUACAAAACUUCCUCCAGCUCGAACGUCGUGACAUUGCCCAGCUUCUGCAAUAUUGGGACUAUCUUUGGAAACAGCAACGAAAAACCAUGUUUUCCCCGUUGACGUUGAGCUCGCCCUCGAUGAGCUCGCCAGGAUCAGUGGCCCUGGAGACGGCCAAAAGCCUGAAGGACCAGGUGACGUUCAAAGUGCCAACGGCUCCAGCGAAGAGGAGCAGAGCCAGGGUCCUCGACGAGGAGAGCUACAUCGAGAAGGUGGGCGAGAUCAUACAGAGGGACUUUUUCCCCGACUUGGAGAAGCUCAAGGCGCAGACCGAGUACAUCGAGGCUCAGGAGCACAAUGACAUCAAGAAGAUGAGACAGCUGUACGAGAAGUACAGCUUUGGGCGACCGCGACCCGAGAGGCUGCCCAGUCCUGCAACGUUCGAGACUCCCGUCAGUAAAGGAAACGUGGAAGAGGACGAAGAAUCUGUGGCUGCCGAUGCUGCGAGUGAAGCCAAACAGGACAAGAGCGAGGAAAGGAAGGUUGGGCUCGAUGAGUUUUUGAGCAACAAUACCAGCGAGGACAACGCUAGCUUCGAGGACAUAUUGGUGGAGAGUGACAAGAAACACAGGCUCAAGUAUGCUUGGCUCUACAAGCCAGAGUCGGAGCCACAGCUCGCUAUAGAGAACAGUAAGCUUUUGGCUAUCGAAAAUGGGAGUGCAAAAAGGCCAUUUGCCAUAGACACUUGGAGUUACAAAAAUAAGAACUACAUAAUGUAUAUACCCGAUGGAGUCGAGUUGACUGCGGAGGAGAAAAUCGAAUUUGCCAAGAGGAGGCAGGAGGUUGUGCAUUCUAAUACAAGGUUGAAAAUUAAUCCUUUCAACGAGCAGCAGAAUAAGGAAACCAUCAGUGAACUAGCGAAGAUACAGUCCAAGACGAAUGAUGGAAAGAUAGGCAUAGACGGCAAGGAAAUACUAAAAAAUGAGACGCCAAACGUAAAUGGGUAUACUUUUGUGGCAACACCAAGUCUGAGUCCGAGUCCAAUGCCUAGUCCCAUGCCCGAAGAUAUAUUAGGUAGUCCUAUCAUGACUUGGGGUUUCAUUGAUGGAACUCCAUUUAGACUGGACGGUGGUGAUACUCCUGUGGUGCAUGUGAGUCAAGGUCCUUCUUUUAGAAUGGCAGAACCGCCCAAAAGAGAAAAAAUUGCUCUGCAAUUGGCAGAAAAAGCUGGAGAAAGAAAUCGAGACAAAAAAAUGAAAGCUUUGAAUGCUGCAAGGAGAUCUCUGGCAACGCCUUCACCAUCGCCAAGAUCAACAAUUGAUCGCUUGAAUACUAUGUCACCAGCUGCAAGAAGAUUCGCGACACAGAAGCUACGAGUAACCGUCAGCCCAUCACCAAACAGAUCACCAUCCGUGAGAACACCUUUGUUGGGAGUCAGGACGCCUAACACGCCGAGGUCUGGUACAUCUUGUAUGAAAAUUGGUGGGAAUGAUAUUGGCUUGAAACCACAAAUGCCUAUAUUGACUGACAACCUACUGAAAUUACCUCAGAGGCAAAGAGCCGCUGAUUUCUUUAACGAUUAACUUUAAUGAUAAAAAAAACUUGUUGGUUAUAUUUUGAGAAAACUUAAAAAAG